AUGUCUCGCUUUUGGGCUCAUAUUAUGAUAUAUCAAGAGGUUGAACACGUUGAACCCCUUACAAAGAAGAACAUACUCGAGUUCUUUAACCAGUUCAUUUAUCCCUCUUCUUCAACUAGGGCGAAACUAUCGAUACAUCUUAUUGCGCAGGCAUCUAAUGGAUAUUCUGCUGCUGUAGGAUACAGUGCUGCUGGUGAAGAAAAUGUUGACGCUUCAGCGUUAAGGAGAAAUCAGGACGAUGCAGCAGUCAUUGAACAUAAGCGUCCAGUGUCCCCCGCCACUAUUCCGGUUGAUAAUGUCAGGAAAUGGAAGGCAAGUCUGCCACUUUCGCCGGCUGCAACCCCAGUGAAAGGCCUAGCCGAAUUCGAAGGGUUUGGGUCAAAGUCUUGA